GUGAGCGCAGUUGCCGCAUUCGGGGGCGCGGGGCGGGCCUCCGCUGCGGCCGGCGUGGACGCGGCAGUCAUGCUUGGCACUCCAGGCCUACCUGCCGCGCUCGCCGCCGCGGUUGCACUACUCGCCACGCUCGUUGCGUGCUCGGAAAAGGAAUGCACCGACUGGGAAGGCAAGACGGUGCCGCACGGGCUACUGUACGUGCCCGGUCCAGGUGUGUGCUCCCUCUGUGUCUGCUACGACUCCAACCCUAUGUGGUGCAAGGCCAUCUACUGUGACCCGCCUUACUUCUGCAAAAAUUUCCGAGUCGGGGAGCGAUGUUGCGAGUUCGAAUGUCUGGACCCACCUGGCGAGGACCAGAGGUACCGGGAGCGGCAGCGUCUCCGGGCCCUCAUCCUGGCCGGGAACUCCUCUGCCUACCAUGUGACGCCAUCUCUCGAGCUGAAAGCAGGAAUCUCCCUGCUGGCCGUCGCCGUCGCUAGACUUGUAUGAGACUCGACUGAAUACUAGACAAUUCUGAAUCUUAAUCCUGAUGCCUGGUACAAGAACUAUUUUUAAAUUUAAUCGUACAUAGCAUCACUCUUUCUCUAUUAUCAAAGUAUGCAGCGGACCCUGGGUUCCGACGACUGGGAAUACGCUCAGAAGGAAGACACAGAGAGCAUGAUCAUAGUGUGACAUUAAAUUUCAAAAUGCUUCCAUGCAACUAGCUGUCAGUUGUGUUGUGCACAUGAAUGAGGAAGAUUGUUUUCAUGCCAAGACUUUUAAAUGUGACUUCGAUUACUUUCUCCGUUGUCGCGUUCUGCAUGUUCAAUCUUUCUUAGAAUAAGUUAUUUGAUCACGAUACCUACCUCUUUCAAUCCAGUAAUUAUACCUAUGUCGUUGCUACGGUUACGAAUGGCUACAUGGUAUAAACAUCGGUGGGUCUAAAUAUAAAAUUCACUAACAACAUGCGCUUCAUGUCGCCUUUCUGAACUUCGCCUUCUGCCACGCAAUAAUUGCUAAUCAAUGAUAACAGGCAUAUUCCAACAUUGUAGUGCUACUCAGUGCAGGAUUUAGAGGUCUGGAGUAAAGAAGGAUCAGGCUUCUCAAUACAAUACUACCUGAAUAAAGGAAAAUAUUUUUACGUCAAGUCUUUAAAAAAAUUUGCAAACAAAAAUGAUAUCACCAUGAUUGUUGCUUACCCAGAGCAGGAUCCACCAAAUCCGGACCUGACUUUACUUAAAUUUACCUAUAACUUUUUAUUUUUUAAUACCGCUAGGUAAAUCUAAAUAAUAAACACCUUGAAAGCUACUUAUAUAAAAAUAACUAAGUAGUUAAUAUAUCUGAUACCAAUGUGUGGAAUGAAUUUAGAAGUAGGAGGGUCCAACAGCCUAGACCAAGAUUCUGAAUGCAAUAAGAUUGCACUUGUGUAAGAAAAUAAGUUAUUUUAUUUUAUAAAAGACGGGAUAGACUAAGUAUACCUAUCCCGGAUAGGUACCACCUAUUCAAAUAAAUUAUCUAAGGUUACAAUUAGUAUCAAAUGUUUCAUAUUUAAUGCCGUAAUGAUGAAAGUAAAUACAUACUUAGAUACUUCUAAGGAUGUAUGUAUCCUACAUGUACUUAGGUAUGUAAAUUUAGUCUGUGCCAUCCAUUCUAUCCAUAAUCUAAAGAUAUUUGGGCGCCAAAUGUAAAAUUUAUUGAUAACAGAACAGACACGAAAUAGUCAAUAAUGGACCAAUUUUGAGUAAAACAAACAUAUAAUUCUUUAUUGUUUGUCAUCAUUUUAUAUAGUUUUUCAUUUAUUUUUUUUUCGUUUAGAUGUACAUUUUUAUUGUAACUCGAUAUACCUAGUUAUUGUAUUUUACACAUUUAUUAUUAUAUUGUAUCUAUAUAGUUUUUAAACCAUUACCCUAAAUUCUAAUAUUCGAAAUUAAUUUAAUACCAGACUAAAACUUUUAAUUACAGAUGUUUUGUUUGACAUUUCACAUUCGUACCUAUAUGCCUUGAGUUUUAUUUGAUAAUGUUUUUAUUUAAUAAUGUGCCUAACAAAUUUUAGAAUUUAAAUGUAAACUUAGUUUUUACCCUGAGGUGAAAGGGGUGCGUAACCUAACAUCUUUACCUACUGAAAUAUUGAUGUAACUACGGCUGAAAAUAAAUAGGUACUUAGAGAAAAUAUUUAAAUAUAUUGUGCUUGUAUUUACUUUCUUGCGUACCCUGACCACGGGUCUGCUCACUUCUUCUUUAAAGUCGAACUUCUAUAUAAUCUUUCGAUAAACACAACUAAUCCCAUAAUAAGUAGACUUCUUUGUUCAAUUAAAUUAAUCUUUCCUCACCACAAUUUUAGGCUUUAAAGCACGGAUAAUAAACUUAGCAAACCAGAUCUGCAAGUAAGUAGCUUAAAAGUUCUUCUAAAUUGACAUACUUAUUUAAGGUAGUUUUCUGUAUUCUAAGGUAGUUAAAUCACUUCGAAUUGUAGCUUUAAAUCAACAUUUGUACCUACCUAUGUAAUCAUUAUCUAAUCAUAAUCAUCUGUGUAAUACCUACCUAACAGAGAUAAAAGUAGGUACCUACCAUACUUAAAUCUAAAAUCCUACAGUCGACCUAGGAAACCGUAGUAUGGAACCUAAUGGAUCUCAAAUUGCGAUGGUAAUAACUAGGAUUGCCAACCCUACUGUAUACUAAAAUAUCUCGCAGGUAUAUUAUUAGCUAUUUUGGAUACCCAAUACAACAGCCUUAUGUAGUGCUCGUGUGCAAUAAAUACCCUGGCGCCCUCGAAUAAUAAAAGCUCAACACAAUAUUUUGUUUAAGGAUGUACAUAUAAGUAUCUAAUAAUGUUGAAUAUAAAUAGGAGCCUACUAUGUUUAUGGAAUUAUUUACUGUCUAAUUAAAUUUAUGGUUAUUGAUCCAAAAAUAUGCAGUUAUUUGAUCUAAAAAACGCUGGCAAACCCAGUACCUAAUAACGGCGACGACAGUAUUAUUACUAAACUAAAAUAAACUAUACAUAUAUAGAGCUCAUAAACAAUCGAGGCAGGUCUUCGAGCAUAUCAUAAUAUCAUAUACGAGCCUAUACGAUAUAUAAGAGCAAACUAUAUUCGAAAGAGGAUUCAGAAGACAUCAUAAGCUUUUCCCACUACUUUUUUCUUUUCGAAUUUAUUGUAUCUAAAAUCACCCAUAUUUCCUAGUAUGACAAUAAAUAAACUCCAUUUUGAAUACAUAACAUAACCGCUAUAGGCCAUCAUUAUUACGGAACCUAUUUAAUUUCCAUUUGAUACCUAUAUAAAUAGAUUGUUAUAUUUCAUCGUGGUUUUCGUUGUAUAUUUUCGUUUGAUAGUUUGGAUUUAUCUAGAUAUACAGGAAACUAAUAAAUUAAACCGAUAGUUAAACCCGGGAUAAAAUUUGUCACCGACAAACUUAACUUCCGGUUGGAUCUGACAAAUCCUCACGUCCUUAGGUACUUAAAGUUAACAUGAAUAACUUUUUUUUUAAGUCAAUAAUAUUAUCUGACACCUUUGUUAGCACAUUAAAAUGGCUGAUUAUAAUCGGAUCCCGCAUGUGUGGUGUCGAAUGACGCCGCGACGAAGCGACGCACGUUGUGGCGAAAUAAUUUUAGCUGGUACACUGAGGCGAAAGCUUGUUGAAGCAACACCCACCCACAUAGUAGAAUUUUAUUCAAUUGAAAAAAUACUUAAUUUGAAGGAAACAUAGCUGUUGUAGCUGAAUAAAACUAUGUAUAAAAAAUUCUUUCUUUUUCUUGUUAAAUGAAUAAUUUUUAAGCUAUUAAAAUAUUGUAUAACAAGCAAAACUAAUUUAAGUAAUUUAUAAUAGGUAAAUAACAAUAUGUCAGCGUUCAUAAAAAACUGAACUUUAUUAUAUAAAAAACUUUCUUGCACCUUCAAUCAAUUGAACACACAAUUUAAAAAAAUAUGUAAUAAUAAUGGUAUGUGAUAUUUUGCUGGUUGUUAUUUUUUUGCAAUGUAAUUAAGAUGGACAGCUUUAAAGCUUAGAUUUAAGACAAUGUGACUAUAAACUGAUUACAUUAGCUAUGUUAAACCUAACUUUUUACCUUUUAUUUAAAAAAAACAAGCCUUUGAAAUUGGACCAAUUGUUGAAAAUUAAUUGUAAUGUUAUUGACAUUACAUGAUGAACAAUAAACUCAUUUUCAUUGGCUAAUUAUUUACUCUUAUCAGGUUUAAGCCUGCUUUGUUUACCAUCCUCAUAUGAAAUCAUAAAUAGCUGAGUAGUCUUGUAAAUAUAUUUAUAGUGUAAAAAAUAAUUACAUAAAAACAUCAUUUAUUAGCUUAAAUAAAAUUGAUCACAUUGA